GGCAACAUCACUGCAGCGGCGCGGGGUCCGACUCACAGGUGCUUCCCCUCGGCUGCAGUUCCUAGAAAGAAAACCAACAAGCAACUGCCUCUGUAAGUAUUUAACGCUGUUCAGACACUAAGCGCUGCGGGUCGAUCACUGGGAGAGGGAUUCGACAAACGCACCCACGGGACCGACGGGAUCUGUACCUGGAGGAUGUGCGGUAUGGAUGUAGAUCUGGAGGAUAGCGGUUCAGGUGAGGAGGAAAAAGAGGAUGAGUUUUGGAUCGGGGAGGGGGUAAAGAUGCUGCCUCCUCCCGUGGCCCACAGCGGCGGCAGUAUGUGGGGCAGCCGCAGGGGCAGGUGUGGCUGCGUGGCCUUUGGGGCAGCUCUCAUCCUCUGGAACCUGUGCGUCGUCCUAGCCAGCGCUCUGCUCCUGGCUGUGGUCUUCUCCGUGGUGCUGCUGCCUGCAAUGCUGCUGCUCUACGCUGGUUUCCUCUGCCAUUCAAAGGUCCUUGAUGCCCCCUCCGCCAUCUGCCGUUACCUUGACGACAACAGCUGCUCCGCCCUCAUCAUCCUGGGCUUUGUGAUGAUGUCGCCGCUGGUGGUCGUGGCGGCUGCAGUCUUCUGCGGGCUGUUCCGAAGGUUUCGACUCCUGCUUCUCAUUCAGCCAAUUACGCGUGCCUGGUACCGAGGGCGGCUGCUGGACUGGGUGGGCAGCAUCCACGCCUGGGUCUAAUUGAAACGGAGUAGGAGGUGCCGAGGGUCGACAUAACAGUCAGUAUGGAUCAGAAAGUUAGAUUAGUGUGAUAUCAAACAGAGAGGAACAGGGGGUAGAGAAAUUAUCAGGAAGACCUUAGAAUAUGAUGCAGUUCGAUACAAUAGUCCUAUAAAGAAUCCUUUCUUUCUAAACAGGAGAUCAGUUUUUGUCAGAUAACUGUUGAUUGAAAUAGAUGGUAUGUUAUUAAGCAAUAGUUAAACAUUCUGUUAAGGACUUUUAUUUGCUUGAUG